AUGAAUGAGAUCAAGAUCUGUCUGGGUAGCGAGGGGGUCGGAAAGUCAGCUCUGGUCGUGCGUUUCCUCACCCGGAGAUUUAUUGGAGAAUAUUCUUCUUCUUCAGAGUGUAUCUACAGGAAGCGUGUGAGUGUGGACGGGAGGCAGGUGAACCUGGAGCUCUACGACCCCUGCUCUCAGCCCUGUGACGGUAGACCCUCGCUCAACGAUCAGAUCCUCUGGGCUGACGGCUUCGUCGUGGUCUAUGACAUCAGCGAUCACUCGUCCUUCAUCACGGCUAAAGCCCUCGUUCACCUGAUCAGACAGGUUCACCUGGGGACCACUAAGAGGGACGUGGACUCUCUGAUCUUCCUGGUGGGUAAUAAACAGGAUCUGUGUCACCUGAGGGAGGUCGGCCGUGAGGAGGCUCAGCGUCUCGCUGCAGAGUCUCACUGUCACUUCUACGAGCUGUCAGCUGCCGAACACUACCAGGAGGUGGCGCUCAUUUUCACUAAGAUGAUGCAGAACGCCUGCCUGGACAGCAAGGCCAAAGAGCGGCGAAGACGCCCGAGCGGGUCCAAGUCCAAGUCCAUGGUCAAACUGAUCAACAACGUGUUCGGGAAGAGGAGGAAGUCCGUGUGAAAGACGGGCGUCAGACUGGACUCCACUUUGAUGUUUCUGUGAUGACUUGAAAUAAAGUUAUAAAUCCUUCUGGUGUAAAUCUUAUCAUAGUAUCAUCAUAAACAUAGUGAGAACCUGA